GAGGAGGAGGAAAAUCUCACGAGAUAAUGAAAGAAAAAGAGGAGAGCUGCUAUAGUACAGAGCAGAAACACGAGGCUAGACCCUGAGAUUUUUUUUCUUUUUGGAGUGCGAGACAGAAAAAAAAAAAAAAAAAAAAAAGGAGGGGAACGAGGAUAGCGCGAGAGAUUCGUCCGUAACCCGCAGAUGGUUUUUGCACUCUGGUUUUGGUGAAUGUAGCACCCUGGGGCGCAGCGGACCAAUUGUGUGAAUCUGCAGGGCUGCUCGGCGACACAGACGUAGAGAUGCACAGAACGGACAACAGCCUCGGACGCGCUCUGAGAAGCGGAUAAUAAAGGCACAAAGCGAGGCUGCUGCCGAAGAACACAGCUGAGCACCAAAGACACACACAGCGUGCAGAUGUACAAGUGAGAAUAAAAUAUCAGUUUAAGCUCCUGAAGCUGUUGCAAACUCGUUUUCUGGGAGUUUGAGGGAGUUUGAAGACAGUACUUAACGUUAUCAGAUAAUUAAUUAGACACCCCAUAAGCCCGGAAAUCAAUUAAUUCACAAAUCAAUAAAUCCAUAGUCUGGUGUAACAAGAGACCUUCCAGACUGUUAGCCUGGCUGUUGAAAAACAAUAACAAGAGAAUAGCAACAGCACAGAAGCGAAAAGAAGAAGAAAAAAUAAAAAUCCAAAUUUAUUUGCUAAAUUUAAAGAUGGAUGGGGGUCUAGGGGAGAUGUCCCUCCACAGUCACUCUGAGCUGGCUCAUAGCCAGGAUGGCAGGGCCAUGCUGCACUCCCGGGACCUUUCAGCUGCUUUCCCCAGGCCUUCCCUUGGGGGCUCCUCCAUGUCUUUGGAACCUGAGCCCCGUCCUCCGGGCUUUGACCACUCCAUGUCUGCACUGGGAUACAGUGGCGACUCCCCGUCCAGCUCUGGCAGCACCUACACCACCCUGACUCCCUUGCAGCCCUUUGAUGACAAGUUCCAUCAUCACCAUCACCAUCAUCCCUGCCUCCCCGUCAGCAAUGUUAUUGGCAGCUUUACCCUCAUGCGUGAGGACCGAGGCCUCAGCACCAAUUUCUACAACCCUUAUGGCAAGGAGUUGGCCAUGUCCCAAAGCUUGUCACCACCCUCCACAGGUUCAGGCCUGGGCUCCUCCAUGCAUGGGUAUGGCAGUCUAGGUAACAGCCCUAAUGGUAAUGGUGGUCAGAUGCUCCACAGUGGCUAUGAUGUCCAUGGAGGGAGCCUGUUCUGCCGGACAUCAGAUUUCAGCCGAGAGAUGUCACCGCCAGGCCUUGGAGGAGGUGAUGUGUCAGUGGGUCAUCAGCUGAAUAAAAUGGAAGCUCACCAGCACACCUCCAGCCAUCACCCUCACAUCUACAGCCAGCACUACCAGCCCCACCAUCACCCAAGCCAGCAAGCCGCCAAGAUGGCAGAGCACCUGCACUCCUCAUCGCCUGCCUCAUCAUCUCCAGGUGAGGGCAUGCUGCCAGGCUCACAGGGUGGUGGAGGCGGAGAGGAGAUCAACACCCGGGACGUGGCCCAGAGAAUCAUCACUGAGCUGAAAAGGUACAGCAUCCCCCAGGCCAUCUUCGCAGAGAGGGUUCUGUGUAGGUCACAGGGCACACUGUCUGACCUCCUGAGGAACCCCAAGCCCUGGGGCAAGCUCAAGUCUGGCCGCGAGACCUUUAAGAGGAUGUCCCGCUGGCUCCAGGAACCCGAGUUUCAAAGAAUGGCCUCACUCCGGCUGGAGGCCUGCAAGCGUAAGGAGCAAGAGCAGAGCAAGCUGGAGCGCAACCAGGGACCGAAGCGCACCAGGCUGGUGUUCACAGACCUGCAGCGCCGCACACUCAUGGCCAUCUUCAGGGAGAACCACCGCCCAACCAAAGAGCUGCAGGUCACCAUCUCCCAGCAGCUCGGCCUGGAGCUCUCGACAGUCAGCAACUUCUUCAUGAACGCCCGCCGACGCAACCUCAACAAGUGGGCAGAUGAGGGCCGCCCUUCCUCGACCGGUUCCUCGGGCUCCAGCAUUUCCUCCUCCGCUGUGUCCUGCACCACUGCGUGAUGACAGACCACAGAGGAGGUGCGUUAGGGAGGGCGCUGAGGGAGCAAGGGGGCAUAUAGACUGGUCUAGGCAGAGAUCAGCCGUAACAAAUGUCCUCCUCGUUAUCAGAAGGAGCGACGGAGCCAGCUGUUAUAGAUGAUUUUAUGAAGAUGAAGCAUUUUUCCCAAACCAAAGUUGAUUGCCUCUUUGAAAUGGAAAGAGGCAAUGCCUAGUGAUAUGAUUGCAGGAUGUGAGUUCCUGCUUGUAUAGUCAAGGGUGCAAAGAUGAUUUCACUCAAAGAAGAGUCACACCCUUACAUAGACACCAUCUCAUUGCGUUAUUUUGAUUAUUUAGAUUAGAGAUAAUGAGGGUAUUACAAAUCAGGAGGAAUUGUAUUUUGAUGUACCUUUAAAUUUAUUCUCAUCUCUCCAACGAAUCAAGAGGUGCCGUUUGCUCACAUCUGGAGAGCCCCAUUGUGUAACUUUAUAAUCAAGUGUUUCACCAUCAUCCAAAGACGUUAAUCCUCCCCCAAUGUUCUUGUACUUCUAUUUUUUUUUCCUCGAAAAUCACGGUGAAAGAGGAAGAAAGGCAUUUCUUUAAAUUCUCUCUUUUUUUUUUGUGAAGAACCCACUUCCCCUUUCUUAGCAUGUGUUUCCAUGGUGAUGGUUCCCAGGACUGUAUGGCGCUGUUCCAAGUUCGGAGCCUGGAAUAAUCAGGAGAGUUGUGUAGCGUCUGCAAAUCCCGGCCGUCAAUCACUAACCAUCAACAGGAGCAUUUCCUGCGUUUUGUCAAAAUGAUCCCGCCUUGAAUGAAUCAGAGGUUUCAAGGGGGUGCAUCUCAACGAAUGCCAGGACAGAAUCAAUAAAUACAAGUAGGACUCAGAAGCAGACUUGUUGGUUCAACUCUUUAGCUUUAAGACUCUCACUGAGCUUCCAAAUAAAAAGCUCCACAGCCAUUUUUGACUCAAAAUCAAGCCAAAAAAAGAAAGAAAUCAACCUUUGUACACAAAGGCUCCAUGGAGAAGAGGUACAACUGACAUGUCAGUGUAUAGUGACAUUGUAUUAUUUUUUUCAACUCAUUUCCAAAUAACUGUACACACCUCUGCUCCAUUCUGAAUUCUUUUUUUUAACAGAUGUCUAAAAAACAUGGAGGAAUGUGAUUCUUUCUGCCCUUUUUGUACAGAUUUCAAGCACAUCGCUCUAUUUAUAGAAACAUGUUGGAAGUGUGGGGCAGUUUGUUUCAGCCCUGCUGACGUACAAGGUCAUUUUUUUGGUCCACAAAGGAAAGGCUUUAACAUGCCUCCUUAUAGCCAAUAGUUAAAUCAAACCCAGAAAGGUUCAAAUGCAAUUACUGAUCUGAUCAUCGUAUUUAUUACUGCAUUUGUGUAUUUAUUGUUUUUUCCCUGUUUUUUUCUCUUGCUAUUUAUUUGGUAAUUUAUUUAUGCUAUCUAUAUACUGUAAGUAUUUAUUUAACAAUGAUCUGUAUGUCUGUGUGAAACUGAAGACUUUUUCUGAUGGGCACUUUUAGCUGUAGAAUCCCAUCGUAAUACCAAAGAUUAACAUUGCCUGCCUGAAUGUACGGCCUGAAUCCCUAAACCUAGUACCCGAUCCCACCCCAAUUCAGCCCGAUCCACCCAGUGAUGUUGCGUAUCUCUCUAUCUUCAAGGCCUGGCCUUGUUUUUUUCUGUUUUUAUUUUGUUUUUUUUGUUUUUUUGUAGACUGGGGAAUUCUUUACUCUUGCAAAUGUCUCUGCUGUCAGCUCUUAAUGCCUAGGCCAAAGCUUGUUUGAAUGUUAUGAUAAUAUUUAUAAUUAAUAAUGCUAUUAUUAAUAACAAUAAUAAUAAUGAAGAUGAUGUGGCAUCCUAUGGGUUGACAAGUUGCUUGUUAAGUUGUGUUCAGAUCAAUGCCAUCUGGCUGAGUGUGCAAAGUGUCUGGGGACCCACUUAAAGUGAUGUCUGAAGUGAAGUGUUAGUCCUUCAGGGUCACAUGCAAACAUGCUUUCUGUGUGUCUGCCUGGCUAAAUAUGCAUGGUUGUGACUGCCAUCUUCCUCACCUUAGCCCCUCCCCCAUACAGUGCAGAAACUUGUUUAUGUCCAACUGUGAUCUCACCGUCCUCUACAUGCUAAUUCCUUCUGCCAGUUGUCUCAGUUCCAAGAGGGUUUUUAAGGUUAAUUUAUGCUCUUCUAUUGCAGUUUGUGAAGUUUAAUUGUCCUUAUGAUUUGUUCCUAAUCCUGCCUAUGGUUCUGAAAGUCUCAAAAUUAUUCCUGACUGUUAGGGUCUAAGUGUUUCAAGCCUUUUCAUUAGUUUGUCAGGCCUGUGUUUUUGGAAUUUUAUAUGUAAGUUUUUGAUUCCUUAUAUUUUCAAAAACUUUGA